UAGACUGACAUCGCAUCGCAGCAAUCGCUGGUCAUUUUUUUUUGCUAAUUUCAUGGUCAGUCUGACAACCCUUUCAUUGGUAGUGACGAAGUCUUAUUUAGCAAACAAAGAACUAAGUUAACAUUAACUUCCCAUGACUAUAUUUUAUAAUAAAACAAGCACAUGAGUAUACCCUUUAGAAACAAAUUAAUAGUUUACUUUGUGCAGUGACUAAGUGAGUGAAACAAGAUGUCAACUCCUGCCAGAAGACGUCUGAUGAGAGAUUUUAAACGUCUCCAAGAAGAUCCACCCACUGGUGUAUCAGGGGCCCCCACUGAUAAUAAUAUAAUGAUCUGGAAUGCUGUGAUAUUCGGCCCUCACGAUACUCCAUUUGAGGAUGGCACCUUCAAGCUAACUAUAGAGUUCACAGAGGAAUAUCCAAACAAACCACCUAUAGUACGAUUUGUAUCUAAGAUGUUUCAUCCCAAUGUAUAUGCAGAUGGUGGUAUCUGUUUAGACAUUUUACAAAAUAGAUGGAGUCCAACAUAUGAUGUGUCAGCUAUUUUAACUUCUAUACAGUCAUUACUUAGCGACCCCAAUCCGAACUCACCAGCCAACUCGAUGGCUGCACAACUGUAUAAAGAAAAUCGAAGGGAAUACGAGAAACGGGUUAAAGCAUGCGUCGAACAGUCAUUUAUUGAUUAGCAGUUGGCUUUUGUCGACCCAUGUCCAUUGGACACACCAAAACCGGCUUACACCUCCAUAGUCAUUGGGAUGUGUGUAAAAUUAUUAUUAUUAAUUAACUACAAAGUGCAUCAUCACCAACCAAGGCAUCAGGCAGUUACAUUAUAUAUUUAAUUCUAAUGCAAAUAAACUUGUCACUUGUAGCAGAAAAAUAUUAACAGUAAACAAUAUAGAAGUUUGCAUUGCAGUAACAAUAGCUGUAGUUGAAACAUACAUAUAUUUAUUUUGGUUUUUGUUUUCAAAAUCAUUAUUAUUACAGCCAAUAUAAAAUGAACUACUUAAUAUCUUGGAAAAUUUGUGUUAAUAGUAUCAUAACUAUAUUCGCUUCUUCCAUAAAGGCUUUUCAUCAUAUAGCUAAACCACAUUUUUGUAUAUUUCCUUAUAACAUUUUUUUUUUUUUGUUUCAAGUAAUAAUUACUGUUUACAAACAAUAAAAUUGUUUUUAUUAUCUAUAAUUGAAAUAAUAAACCUUUUUGGAACAAUGUAUAAUUUAUUUCAACUUAGGAAUAUAAAAGUGACAAAGCAGUUUAUGUUAGACAUUUUUUUUUUUACAAAGGUUCUAAGACAACACUCGUUUGCAUACAGCAAUGUGUUAAAUGAUUUUUAAAUGUGAAAUUGUUGAUAUGAAUUAAAUGCCGAAUUAGUAGCCAAGUUCAACAUUUUGAAGUAGGUGUGUGUGUAUACUGUUUGUCUUUAUAGUAAAUAUUAUUUUUGGUUUUA